UGGGAGAAACAAACUGUAAUGUCAAAAACUCUAUCUGCGUGUGGUGUAAGGCAAUUGGGAGCAAACGGGGGCAAGAGCAUUUGAGCCGGCGACUUGUCGGUGAGACAAACAGGUCUUUUUGGUGAGCUAUGUUUGCCAGGGUCGUCAUUCUUUUAUUUUCGUUUCCCAUGACCACGGAAUGAUUGCGCAAGGUCAUUGGAUCUGCCUUUGCGCUGUGUCAUGUUCAAUUGGUCUGAAGAAGAUCCGACACGCGCUGCUUCACCCAGCCCAGGGCAGUAUGCCUUGCCAACUUCUUUCAAGGAGGAGGCCAAGACAAAGCCGUGCUAUGCUCCGUUCAAUUCUUCCUGUGGAGAAGUGCAGGGUGGGAUCUCGGGGAAGAAAGACAAUGCGUUAGGCCUUGACCCAGCGCGCUACAGCCCCAAAGUACCAGGAGCUUAUGACCACGGCUUGCCCAAGAAGCACAUACCUUUCACGACUGGAGCCUCAAGGUGGACGGAUCUCAAUCAGGACUUCAGACCUGGUCCUGGCGACUAUGCCUGCGCGAGGCAAACGUUGGCAGGUUCGCUUUCAGUGGCUUCGAGCAAGACCAUGGGAGUGGCGCCCGCCGAGCAGCGCAUGCUCUUCAAAUCGACAAGUGCGCCUUCAAUUCCUCGCGACAGCCAAUGCUAUGGCUAUGAUGAGGCGGGUGAUGGCCGCCUGAUCCGCCAAAACCGGAAGGAUGGCAUACAGCAGCUUUCAGGGAAGCCUGGAGACAGCGCUGGGCCUGGCCAGUAUGACUCGCACAAGUGUCGAGUCAUGGCCAACGGUGCUUUGGGUGGUCGGAUUAUGCCGCCCUCUGCAGAGCCGGUGACCAAGCCCUCGGAGACACCGGGCCCUGGGCAUUAUGUCACCAAGGGCAUCGCUCAGAGUGAGAAGCCCGUCUACUCGGCCUUUGCCUCCCAGUCAGAACGUGGGCCGUCAAAGCAUGAGCACAAGGCUGCAGCUGAGAUGCCCGGACCUGGCCAAUAUAUUCCCAGGAUCAACCGACGGCCCAACAUGCGGGAGUUGCAUCCGGAGCUUCAAUACUUCGGCAGCACCGCGGAGCGCUUCAAGGAGGAUGAGGCGGCCGUGAUUGCCAGCCAGCUGCCUGGGCCUGGGCAGUACGGCGUUCCACGACACCAGAACAAGGGCAAAAGCUUUGCGUGGCUCAAAGGGAAGCGCUUUCAGGAGCCCAAACAGAAAGACAUACGGCCUGGGCCUGGCGCCUACUACAAUGCCAAAACCUUUGGCCGCAAUGGUUCGGUGUCCAUCUUGGGCGGCAGUGGGACCUUAGCCUUCGGCAGCAUGGAGGCAAGACGCGGUGUCAGCGAUCCCCGAAAGGGCCAGGAGCCUGGCCCUGGUGCUUACUACGAAGGGGUCGAGGGAGAUGCCACCUCCAGCAGGAAGCCGCGCAAAGUCGUCCCCCCCAGCUCGUUCUUCCGGUCCACCGUUCCGAAGGAUGUCAUGGUGGCUCAGUACCAGAAGGAUGGCCAGAUUGGGCCACCCCCGGGAGCGUACAGCCCAAGAGCUGCAAAGGACCUGGGGACCAUCCAGCGCUUGGCACCAAAGAAUGAAGGCUUUGGUUCUGCCUCUCAGCGUCUCCAGGGUGAGGUGGUGACCAGCUGUGGGCCUGGUCCCGGCUGGUACAAAGUAAAGGACGUCACUGGUGGCAAGAUCCAGGGAACCUUCAAUCGCCAUGCUGUGGAGGCUGCUCCAGCAUGUGGUAUGCCGAGGGGCUUGGGCUUCGAGUCGCAAGCCAAGCGAUUUGGCCUUGGAGAUCCGAAAGGGGAGGUCUUGCCCGGCCCGGGCUCCUACAACACACGGAAAGACUCCGACUGGAUCACCCUGCCAGCAGAGCUGUUCUCACGGCUUUUCAUCAAAGGCACGAAUCCAGAUGAAUCCACCUUCCAGGUGUCGGGCACUAUGCGGCAGACUGGGCAGCCGGUGGUCGGCAUUUCAGGUGCACGUGACGGCGCUGGAGUUCGACCCUUCUCGCGCGCCCGGGCUCGAUCGCCGGGCGCCACCGUGAUCUCCGGUGGCAAAGCGCAGGGACCUUCACAGAAUACGGCCUAUGGCUUUCAGAGCGCAGCGCAGAACCGAUCCUCUUUGGGAGGUAGUGGGACUCUUGCUGCGAGUGGAAACCGCCCAGCCAAUCUCCGCACGAGCACGGGGAACGUGGCCGCGCCGGAAGCGCGCAGCUCGGGUCGCAGCUCGAGGCUCAGUGUGGUGGUGCGGAAGCGGCCCAUGAACAAGCGCGAGGUGCAGACUGCGCAACAGGACGUGGUCUUUUGCAGGGAAAGCGCGGUCGUGGUGAGGGAGCCCAAACUCAAAGUUGACCUUACGCGCUACGUCGAGGAGCACAAUUUUCUUUUCGACAAGGCUUUUGAUGAGAACGCGACCAACGAGUCGCUCUACAGGUCCUGUGUGCAACCUGUGAUUGACGCUGUCUUUCAAAAGGCGAAGUGCACCUGCUUCGCGUAUGGACAGACAGGUAGCGGCAAGACCUUUACGAUGAUGGGGCCACCAAAGCGAUUGGUAGAGAACCUUCUGCCAGAGGAAAGACCUCCUGGUAUCUUCCUUCUCGCCUCGCAGGACCUUUUUCGAGGCCUAGAGAGCAAGGAGUAUGCACACUUGGGGGUCUUCAUCGCCUUCUACGAGAUCUAUUGCGGGAAGCUCUUUGAUUUGCUGAACAACAGGCAAGUGCUCCAUGCCCGGGAGAAUGCCAAGGGAAAUGUGGUCAUCGCUGGCUUGCAGGAGCAUCCGGUGGGAAAUGUCCAGGAUCUCAUGGAGGUCAUCGAGUGUGGCCUCAAUAGCCGCACCACUGGUGUGACGGGUGCCAACGUGGAUUCGUCCCGGUCUCACGCGAUUUUGCAGAUCAGCUUGAAAGAUCUGGAGUCGAAGGAGGAGCAUGGGAAGAUCAGCUUCAUCGACCUCGCAGGCAGUGAACGAGGUGCUGACACCUUGGACACCCACCGCCAGACUCGCAUGGAUGGCGCGGAGAUCAACAAGUCCUUGCUUGCAUUGAAGGAAUGCAUCCGAGCGCUGGACCAGCAGCUGGAUCAUACGCCCUUUCGCGGGUCCAAGCUCACUCAGGUGCUGAAAGACUCCUUCAUUGGUGCCAAUUGCCGGACGGUCAUGAUCGCCAAUGUGUCGCCCUGCAGCGGUGCCGUGGAACACUCCCUGAACACGCUGAGGUAUGCAUACCGCGUCAAGGAGCUGCGGAGCGCUCCAUCCAAGCCGAGUGGUGCAGUUCCAGCAGGCUCCAGCAGUGAGCCCUUGCCACAAGUCUGUGCUACCCAGGGCGAUCUCACUGCUGUGAAUUCCAGUGAUAGCGAGGUUGAGGAGAUUCAGCCGCCACAAGCGGCUUACAGGGCUUUUCCAAAUGACCAGGCUUCGCCCCAUUGGAAUGGCACCGCCCAGCGGUUAGGUACUUCUGCUCAGGUAGCAAGCGCGGUGGCCGUGGCAAAUGCUGCCGCAACAGCCGCGCUGCCCGGACAGCAGAAGGAGAAGGACAAGGAGGUCCAACAGCAGCCCCAACAGCACCAGCAGCAUCACCAGCAUCAUCAGCAAUCAACGCACUCGCAAAAUGCGCACGCAUCACCUCACAACAAUGCAUCGAACAACUCUCCGCAGCAGAAGAAUCAUUCACAGAACAACAAAGGCCAAUCCAUUGCCUUCCAGCCCUCAUCAAUUACACAAGAUCCGGUUGCAGCAGUGGUGCCCGAUUCACAGUCUGCCUUAGAUGAGUUGGCCAGGCAGCAUGACCGUCUGAUUGGCACAAUACUGGCAGAGGAGGAGGAGCUUAUUACGGCUCAUCGUCAGCACAUCGACAUGAUGGUGGAGCUGAUCAAGGAGGAGAUGGUGCAUUUGAACAAUGUGGAUCGGCCCGGCUCCGAUGUGGAUGCAUACGUGAAUGGCUUGGAUCGGAUCCUCCGACUGAAGGCUGACUACAUCGGAGACAUUCGCUCCCGCGUAGAUCUCUUCAAGGAACACUUGGCACAGGAGGAUGCCUUGUCACGGAAGUUCCAAUCUCUGGCGUCAUCAUCUACAUCUACGUGA